CACCCUCGCUUCGAACUUCACAAACCAUAAACAGAAGGCUGGUGCUCUGUGAUCGGAAUUUACCUGAUGUAUUGACAGCCUUAUCGCUUUUAGUCACCAAAUUCUAAGCCAACUAAAUUGAGUCAUGGCUGGUUUACCACCGGGAGAUCCACAGCUGGUCUCAAUGAUCGUAAAUCAUUUAAAAACCCAGGGACUCUUUGACCAGUUCCGAAGGGACUGUCUGGCAGACGUUGACACAAAGCCAGCCUACUUGAAUCUGAAACAACGAGUGGACAACUUUGUCUCCAAUCACCUCUCCAAUCACACAUGGAGCCCUCAUUUGAACAAAAACCAGCUGAGAAACAACAUCAGACAGCUUGUCCUGCAAUCUGGGAUGCUGGAACAGGGAGUGGACAGGAUUGUGGCCCAGGUGGUGGAUCCUAAAAUCAACCAUAUCUUUAGGCCGCAGGUGGAGAGGGUUGUCCGUGAAUUUCUGUCCCCUGGCAGCUGCUCUGAGGAGCCACCAGCCCCUCUGCCUUCAACAGAGGCCAAACCAGACAGCAUCAUUCCUGAGCAGGCCUCAACAUCGACUCCAACUACCACUGCCAGCGACGCCAUGUCCAUCCUGGACACUAUAACUUCUCUAAACCAAGAAGCUAGCGUCAGAGCCAGCUCAGCACCCGAAAAAGCACGUAAAAGCCAAGCUGCAGAUGACUUCAUGCAGGUGGAGGAUAGUGAGCAGGACAUGAGUAUUGUUGAGGAAGGUGACAGUCACCAAGAGGUAAAGCCACUGGAAGAGGAAGAGGAAGCAAAACUCUCAGCAGAGGUUCAGGCGUUAGAGGUAAAGACAGAGGAAACACAGGAACAGGUGGAACUGGGAAAAGAGCCGUUAAAGGAGGAUGUGAAAAUAGAAGAGGAGGAGUACGUGGCUCAGGAGCAGACAGAGGAAGAGAAGGAUAAAACAGCAAGCAAAGUCAGUGGAAAACCCUCAGAAGAAAAACAGGAUGAUGAUCUACUGAAAUCUACAAGCAAGGCAAAACAGAAGGCCAGAGAGAGGAUAAAAGAAGAGUAUUCUUUGGAGGACUCUGACCUGGAAGGCCUGAGUGACAUCACAGUGAGCUCUGUCCACACCAGCGACCUGUCGUCAUUCGAGGGGGAAAGUGAAGACGAGCAGCAGCUGUCUGAUUCUUCCGAAGAGGGCGAGCUUCCACCUGAUGAUGAAGGUGAGAGGGAAGAAAAAAAACACAGCACCGGAGACACAGGAGAUGAAGACAAAGAGCGUAAACCUCGUCGCAAGGCCUAUGUUUACAAGCCCUUCCUCUACUCCCGUUACUAUAGCGACUCAGAUGAUGAGAUCACUGUGGAGGAACGUCGUCGUUCUGCGGCAAAGGACAAAGAAGAACGGCUGCUCAAGAGACAACAGAACAGAGAGCGAAUGGAAGAGAAGCGCAAACAGAAAGCAGCACAGGCUGAAGAACAAGAUCACAAAAAACAAAAGAGCAGCGACUCUGCUGCCCUCGAAGGUCCCGGAGCCAAAGAAGCCCGCAAAGAGAGGAAAGUUCUGGAGAAAAAAAUGGCUCUCAACAGGAAGAGAAAACUAGACUCAAGGAAAGAGGGAGAUGUUUCAAUCAAAAAGAAAGGAGACACGAAAGACACUGUAAAGAAAACGGAAGUGAAAUCUGCCACCUCAAAGACACCACAACAUAAGCUGAUGAAAAAUCUGUCCGAACCUUCAUAUUCUGAUGAGCGACACAGAGGGACAAGCGGCAGCAUCUCAGAAGAUUCCAGCGAUACAAAGAAGAUAGCUGACAAAGGAAGGACACACUCCUUCAUCUUGGAGCUGGAGCAAGGCUCCCAAGAGGCUCUCAGACAGCGCUCAGUUGGAAAAUUUGACCGUCUGUCUCACAAAGAGCUUCACUCCAAAGAACGCAAAGAGAAAGAACGCAGCUUGUCAGAUGAACGUGUCAAGCUCAAACAGAAGCAGGAGAAAAAAUCUGAACAUCAGGCGGAUGAAUCUCAGCAGAAGGAAGGCAGUGCUGUUAAAGUAUCCUCUGAAGAGAAAGGCGAGAAGAAGCCCAAGAUCAAAAGUGAGAAGAAGAUCACAGGAAGUACAAAAGAAGGCAAGGUGUCUGAAAAUGUUUCUGAAGAGGGAGGUUCUAAAGAUCCAAAGAAGGUGAAGACUACAUCUGUGGAGGCUAUCAAAACGGAGAAAGACAAGAAUAAGGACAAAGAUAAGAUCAAAGAAAAGGAAAAGGCCAAAGGAGAGAAAACCUCAGUUAAAAGCGAUUUCAAGCAGCUGCUUCGCCCUGAUUCUGCAGGUUCCUCUGAGGAUCGAUCCGACAUGGAGCCUGAGUCAAACAGCAGCAAGAAGAAAGAUAAACACUCCAAGGAAGUCAUGAAAAAGCCAAAGAGCCACAGUGAGGACAGGCCAGGAGAUAAACUCAAAUCUAAAACUGACAGUAAAGACAGUGAGAAGGAAAAAACAAAAGCAGAUCAAGAUGGACAGAAAUUAAACAGGUCAAGCUCUGAAAGUGACAAAGAUCCAAAAAGGGUCAAAUCAUCAGAAAAAGGAAGAAUUUUAGAAAAGUCAAAAUCAAAAUCCAAAGAGGAGGCAAAGACUCCAUUGCUGUCAAAGACGGAGAAGAGAGUUCACAGUCCGGAUGUCAAAAGUGCAGGAGUUUCAUGCAUCAGCAAACCUGAAGCAACAAAAGAGAAAAAGAAAGAGGGAAAUGCAAAAGACCAGAGCAAAGUCUCUGAAGAAUCUUCACAGGAGAGAUCUGACAGUAAAAGUGCAAAGAAAAAGCUGGAGAAGAAGGAUAAAGUUUCAGAAAAGAAAGAUGAGAGUCAAGAAGAGAAAGCACCAAGAGAGGAGAAACUGGAAAAGUCGGAUAAAUCCCCUUCGGUUUCCUCUCUGAGUCUUGAGGCAGAUGAGCCGCUGAAGAAACGACCUCUUCUCCAAGACACAAGCACAGACUCCGAUCCCGUCACCACCACCGUCACCACGUUGUUCUCAGACGAUACCUGUGACGCCUUGAGCGACAUCACCCCCGAGCCGCCCGAGGGAGAGACGGAGUCACGCCUGUGCGAGAUGCCAGCUGUGCCUGCAGAGGCCGAUGCCCUGCUGACUCUUAUGGACGUCUGCACGUCAGCAGAGGCGAGACUUCCACCUGAGAACACUCGAGAGGACGUGACAUCCGAGAUGGAGCUUCAGGAUGCUGAUAUGAAGAUGAAAGAGGCAGCUCUGACCCUGCUCUCCAUGGAUCCCGACAGCACAGUGUCCACCAGCUUACUGUGCCAAGAAGCAAGAGAAGAGUCGGCGGUCGUUCCGCCCGCCCCACAACCAAUGGAGACAACUACAGCUGAAGAGGAGCAGCCUCCUCCUAUGGAAGUGCACACAUCUGCUGAAACCGAGUCGCCAGCUGCUGAAACCGAGUCGCCAGCUGCUGAAACCGAGUCGCCAGCUGCUGAAACCGAGUCGCCAGCUGCUGAAACCGAGUCGCCAGCUGCUGAAACCGAGUCGCCAGCUGCUGAAACCGAGUCGCCAGCUGCUGAAACCGAGUCGCCAGCUGCUCGCCGAGUCCCCAGCUGCUGAAACAGAGUCCCCAGCUGCUGAAACAG